UAUUUGGCAACAUAUAUAGAUUAGAUAGAAUUCGAUCAGUUAAGAGACAACGUGUUUACUUUUUUUAAGUAUAGGUUUGAUAUUAUACUAAAUUUUACCACAAAUACUUUUUUAUUAUUGACCCAGGAUGCAAUUAAUCCCACACAUUAUACUUAUGUUAGAAGGCUUUUCUGCAUUUUUGGAUGAAACAUGCGAUACCGAUUGCGAUGAAUUAUCUCCAAUUGGAGAUUGGCGAACCGAGGAAGUUGGGUGCAAUGGAACAAGAAGUGGGUGUUUUCCAAAUUUGGAACAAUUGAGAAGGUUAUGCCCGCAAACACUAAAUUUCUUAAAUUGCAAAUCAAAGGCGAUAGAAACUUGCGAGGAACUGGCGGUCGUUCCUAAGACAAACUUAUCAGUGCUUACAAAAUACAGUAUGAGCAUGGAAAAUAUUGCUCGAGACCUCUGCAAUGAAAGUUCUUCAUUCCAUCAAGAUUACGUUUCAACAAUCAACUGCUACAAGGACAACUAUUUCUGGAAUACAUACAUUUGUUGGAAUUUGUCUAACCGAACUAGACACGAAUUCAUAGAAUACAUGGAUCUAAAGGGAAAAGACAUUCCCAAUGAAGUUAAGUGUUUGAUAAUCGACUACCAAGAUGCGUGUUUAGCAUUCUGGUUCGAAUAUAAAUGUCAAAAAACUGCUCAGAUUAUAUUCUUAGUAACACAGCGGGUACUUAAAGAUAUAUCCUCCUUAGAUUGCAGUAAAGUUGAUGAAAAGCUGACUAAAAACUUCUUCAGAUUUCUUCACAAAAUGAUGAGAAUGGAAUUUGAGAAUACUUUUAGGAUGGUUUGAAAAUCAGCAAUUGUUAAAUACUAUAGAAAUUUAAAUUUUCAUUGUGGAUCUUCACUUUCAAUAUUGAUUUUAAUAAAAGAUUUUUG